AUGUCCGACAACCUCCAUCUCAGGCCCUCCGCCUCUCCCCCCAUCGUCCGUCCAAAGCCAAGCAGGUCCACCACCAUUGGCGUCGUCCGCGGAAGGACCUCACCCACCCCUGGCGUCGGCGAGCAGCCUGCAGAUGGCAGGCCUCCCACAAAACGCGCUCGCAAGGCUAUCAACUGCGAGCCCUGUCGGAAUAGCAAGCUCAAAUGCGACAGGAAUCGUCCGUGCUCGUCGUGUGUCCUCAGAGGCACGUCUGCAAUGUGCUAUCAAGAUGCCAGAGCCCAUGAAGGCAGCGAUCCUCACACCCGCGGAGAUGAUCAACCUACAUAUACCCGCAUCGAUCCUGCCCAGGAGAUCGCACGCCUGCGCCAUUCCAUCUCACUUCUUGAGGCCUACGUUUUCCCAAACCAGAGAUCGAACGCCCCUCAGCGGAGACCGAGCGACGCACAUGCAUUGGUCGUGCCGAAGAAAGAGACAGUUGAGGCGGAUGUUACAGAAAAAAGUGCCUCAGCAAUUGGCAUGCUGGGCAGUCAGGUCCAGGGUGGACUAUAUGCGGGACCAACAAGUGCCGCUACCCAUCUUAUAAUGAACGAAGGUCGCGACUCCGAAGACUCGGAUGCUCAUAGUCGUCAACAUAGUCAGGAUCGUGUCAGCGAUGAUUUUGCUUCUGUCACUCAAGAUUAUGACCGCGACCUACUCUCUCUCCUACCUACUCUCGAGAUUAUCGACGGCCUACUCGAUUACUAUUUUGAAUAUUGCAACUGGAUUUAUCGGCACGUCAACCAGACCACCUUCACACACCAAUGGGAGAAAUACAAAAGUGGCGUCAAACCCGACCGUGUUGUGCUAUCAACCGCUUGCGCAUUGAUGGCAAUAGCGACACAUUACUUACCAACUCAACAUGCUCUACUUGACAAGUUCAACGAGACGCAUGAAGAAAUCGGAAUCAAAUUCUUUGAGGUUUCCACCACAUCGCUGCAAAAACACACCUCAGAAUCGAGGACAUACACACUAGAGCUUGUGGAACUUUUGCUUGUACGUACUCAUUUUCACAGUCUAGCGAAGACCGACAGCGAGGAAAUCUGGCACGUUACGGGGGAAUUGGUCACCAUUGGCACCGCUAUGGGUCUUCACCGCGACCCCGGAAAAUGGAGAAUGCAUCGGGACGUCGCCGAACGCCGGCGGUGGGCGUGGUGGCAUAUCAUCUUGCUAGAGCGUUGGCAAGCCUUUUUGUUCGGAAGGCCUUUAUCGAUCGCAUCGCACCACUUCGAUACUCAAUUACCAACAUAUUGUGACCCCGCUCUCGACAAGACGGGACGUUUAUACCUUCCGAAUAUUGCGUUGUUCCGCCUUGCUUUCAUUCUUGGAGAUAUUAUGGAUGACGCUGUUUCCAUUCGUCCGGUCUCUUAUGAUAGUGUGCAGGCUAACGAUCGUGCUCUUACCCAGUGGAUGGAGACCUUGCCGCCGGAGUUGGACAUGGAUGAAUUCCGUGUAGCCCGAAGUCUAGCUUCUCCCAGUGUUGCCGUACGCAGAUUAGGUGUUCAAAGCGUGAUUAUUCGAACUUCGUACUAUCAUAUCCGCUUCACCCUUCACCGUCCUUACGCAAGUGCCAGUACAAAUCCUUCGAACAGUAGCAAAGUGCCCACCGUUGAUCCUGCCAAGUCGGCCCAAAGCUUAGAAAUCGCUGUCAGUGCUGCGGACAAACUGAUCACCAUGGUUGGCCAGUCUCGUCCCGAUUUUCUGGCAAAUUCAUCACUGGCUGUACCAGGGCACAUGAAUUGGCAACCUUUCCACUGUUUCUCGGCCGCGAUGUUUUUUUCGUUCCAACUCAUAGCAAACCCUGAUCAGCCAGGUGCUGGUCUUUUCAGGGCGAGUAUCCGCAAAGCUAUAACAACUUUAGAACAAGCUAGAGGUAUUGUGGUUGCUGAUAAAGCCCUCGACAUCUUGAACGCGCUCUGUCCUUUAUAUUCACCGGAUUUCCCGCUCGAGUCUGUAGAGAGCCGAGAGAAGAAGCGCGCGCACGUCCUCGGUACAGUGCGUAAGUUGGCUUUCCCGUACCACGAUUCGCACGAUCCCCGGCGGUUCGGUGAUUCGCCUGGUGCAAGGGGCGCCAUGAGUUCGCCCGCGAAUUCCAGUUCGGUAAGCCCUCCGAUGCCAGUGAUACCUGCCCUUCCGCAACACUCUUAUGAUCAACCUCAUAAUUCUGUUCCUUCUAUCCGCAAUGCUGCUACCACUCUAUAUCAAAAUCAUCCACAGCAGUCACAUCCUUUGCCGCAGGGACAUGGAGGACAGAACAUUCACUCUCCGCAGAAUCAGCCGCAGAUGGUCAGCCCACAUUCACAAAACCUGACGCCUACACCAACAUAUCAGACGUACAAUAACCCACCGAACAAUAUGUCUCAUCAGUCACAACAGAUGUAUGAUCCAAAUCGAUAUUCAUACGUUCAGGUUGAAGAUGCCAUGUGGGGUGCCGCUGUUGGCUUCGGGCAUGCGGAGUGGUCUCAAUUUUUGGACAGCACUCGGACAGAAGGGCAAUCAAGUAGGCAUCUACAGGGUUCAUAG